UUGUUUUUGAGAACAAUUGGCAACCGGAACGCCAGGUUCCAUUUAAUGAAGUUAGAUUACCACCACCACCUGAUAUAAAAAAAGAAAUUAGUGAAGGAGAUGAAGUAGAGGUGUAUUCAAGAGCAAAUGAUCAAGAACCAUGUGGAUGGUGGUUGGCUAAAGUUCGAAUGAUGAAAGGAGAAUUUUAUGUCAUUGAAUAUGCUGCUUGUGAUGCCACUUACAAUGAAAUAGUCACAUUUGAACGACUUCGGCCUGUCAAUCAAAAUAAAACUGUCAAAAAAAAUACCUUCUUUAAAUGCACAGUGGAUGUUCCUGAGGAUUUGAGAGAGGCGUGUGCUAAUGAAAAUGCACAUAAAGAUUUUAAGAAAGCAGUAGGAGCAUGCAGAAUUUUUUACCAUCCAGAAACCACACAGCUAAUGAUACUGUCUGCCAGUGAAGCAACUGUUAAGAGAGUAAAUAUUUUGAGUGACAUGCAUUUGCGAAGUAUUCGUACGAAGUUGAUGCUUAUGUCCAGAAAUGAAGAGGCCACUAAGCAUUUAGAAUGCACAAAGCAACUUGCAGCAGCUUUUCAUGAGGAAUUUGUUGUGAGAGAAGAUUUGAUGGGCCUGGCAAUAGGAACACAUGGUAGUAACAUACAACAAGCUAGAAAGGUUCCUGGAGUUACAGCUAUUGAGCUAGAUGAAGAUACUGGAACAUUUAGAAUCUACGGCGAGAGUGCUGAUGCUGUAAAAAAGGCUAGAGGUUUUUUGGAAUUUGUGGAGGAUUUUAUUCAGGUUCCUAGGAAUCUUGUUGGAAAAGUAAUUGGGAAGAAUGGCAAAGUUAUUCAAGAAAUAGUAGACAAAUCUGGUGUGGUUCGGGUGAGAAUUGAAGGAGACAAUGAAAAUAAACUACCUAGAGAAGAUGGGAUGGUUCCAUUUGUAUUUGUUGGCACUAAAGAAAGCAUUGGAAAUGUGCAAGUUCUUUUAGAGUAUCAUAUUGCUUACCUAAAGGAAGUAGAACAGCUAAGAAUGGAACGCCUGCAGAUUGAUGAACAGCUACGACAGAUUGGUAUGGGUUUCAGACCUUCUUCCACCAGAGGGCCUGAAAAAGAGAAAGGAUAUGCCACUGAUGAAAGUACCGUCUCUUCUGUACAAGGUUCUAGGUCUUAUAGUGGAAGAGGCAGAGGUCGUCGGGGCCCUAAUUACACCUCCGGUUAUGGUACAAACUCUGAGCUGUCUAACCCAUCUGAAACUGAAUCUGAGCGUAAAGACGAGCUAAGUGAUUGGUCAUUGGCGGGAGAAGAUGACCGAGAGAGCCGGCAUCAGCGUGACAGCAGGAGACGCCCAGGAGGAAGAGGCAGAAGUGUUUCAGGGGGUCGAGGUCGUGGUGGACCACGUGGUGGCAAAUCUUCCAUCAGUUCUGUGCUCAAAGAUCCAGACAGCAAUCCAUACAGCUUACUUGAUAAUACAGAAUCAGAUCAGACUGCAGACACUGAUGCCAGCGAAUCUCAUCACAGUACUAACCGUCGUAGGCGGUCUCGUAGACGAAGGACUGAUGAAGAUGCUGUUCUGAUGGAUGGGAUGACUGAAUCUGAUACAGCUUCAGUUAAUGAAAAUGGGCUAGAUGAUAGUGAAAAAAAACCCCAGCGACGCAAUCGUAGCCGCAGGCGUCGUUUCAGGGGUCAGGCAGAAGAUAGACAGCCAGUCACAGUUGCAGAUUAUAUUUCUAGAGCUGAGUCUCAGAGCAGACAAAGAAACCUCCCAAGGGAAACUUUGGCUAAAAACAAGAAAGAAAUGGCAAAAGAUGUGAUUGAAGAGCAUGGUCCUUCAGAAAAGGCAAUAAAUGGCCCAACUAGUGCUUCUGGCGAUGAAAUUUCUAAGCUACAGCGUACUCCAGGAGAAGAAAAGAUUAAUACCUUAAAAGAAGAAAAUACUCAAGAAGCAGCAGUCCUGAAUGGUGUUUCAUAAACUGAAGAAGUUCCUAGUUUACAGUUCUUUUACAUUACAUUUUACAAUAGUGCUUGUACAAGCUUGCCAAAGAUAGAAUAUGGAUCGCCAGUCUUUACAUCGCACUUUCAGUUCCUCCAUUUGGAAUUCAGAAAGGGGAGGGAUCCUGAAGAAAUCAUAUGUUAAACAUACUUUGACACCUACUGUGUUAUAAAAUAUAUCAUCAGAUGUGCCUUGAGAAUAGUAUAUGUAACAUUAAAAAAAGUUGCUGGCUAUAGGAAAUGUUAUUUUGUUUUCAAAAUAUGGCAGAGAUGGGGGGAGGUGGGUGGGGGGUGGGAUCCCUAAGGGAAUAUUCUUUAUGAAAGCAUUAGCUGCUUUUGUUACAUUUUUAAUAAUAUGCAACCACUUCUUCACCUGAGGAAAACUAGAGUGAAAUGCAGUCUAAGAUAUUUUGCACUGAAUUGUAAUUUCUUCAUUAGUUUAGUCUGGAAACUGGUCUGUUUUAAUGUGUUUUUAAAAUGCUGUAUGUAGAGGAAAAUCUGCAGGCCACUGGAAUACAUUUGUUAAAUUCUCAUCUGCAGGGACACUGGGUGAUAUUGGCAGUGACUGUUCUACAUUGAGGCUUUGUUUGGUUUAUUUAUUAAAGUGUACAGUAUUUAAAAAAUCAAACAUAGCUUUAGUUAAAACACUAAGCUGAAUUAGUCAUGUCCAUUCAGACAUAACCUGAACUACUGAAAAGAUCAAUUUCCAGAAGGUUUAUUCUGUAUAAACUACAUGUUAGUCUUCAGUAGAGUAUCUUUUCCUUUUCUUUUUUCCCCCUUUUUCUUUUUUUUUCCUUUUUUUUUUUUUUUGAUUUUGGUUGUUUGAUGUGCAAUAUGUUUUUGUAUGCAGGUAGUAAAUAAACUUUGAUCUUCCA